AUGCCUGUCUCAGCUAGGACCGUGGAGAGACGUAUUUCUGAAAUGGCUGAUAAUGUAACCCAGCAGCAAACGGUUGCUUUAACAAUUACACCUGUGUUCAGUGUUGCCCUGGACGAAAGCGUGGAUAUAAAUGACAUUCCCCGCUUGGCUGUUUUUGCCAGGUAUAGUGACACAGAGGUACACGAGGAACUGUGCUGUCUUAAACCUAUGUAUGGAACCACCAAGGGAGAAGACAUACUGAAGGCAUUCACCGACCAUUUUGAGAACAGAGGGGUAGACAUAGGAAAGAUUUUUGCAAUUACAACGGAUGGUGCUCCUGCUAUGGUAGGGAAAAACAAGGGUUUUACGAAGUUGGUUGAGGAGAAAAUUGGGCACCCCAUUCUGAAAUUGCACUGCAUAAUUCAUCAAGAAAAUUUAUGUGCCAAGAUCUCGAGCUUUGUUCUCAAGAAGGUGAUGACUACUGUCACAAAAAUAGUGAAUUUUGUCGUUGCACACUCUCCUCUUACGCACAGGCAGUUUCAAGCUUUUCUUGAAGAGGUGGACAGUGUGUACAAAGAUAUACCUUUGCAUUGCAGUGUUAGGUGGUUAAGUUGUGGGAAGGUAUUGGAGAGAUUUGUGGGAUGCUUUGAUGAAAUCAAGGUUUUCUUAUCAGAAAAAGGCCAAGACUAUCCUGAGUUGGAAGACGGAGAUUGGAUUGUGAAACUUAUGUUUCUCUCAGACAUCACCAAACAUCUAAAGGAGUUCAAUCUUCUCCUGCAAGGUGCAGGAAAAACGGUAUUGGAUUUGUACGAUAAUUGGAAAGCAUUUGUUGCAAAGCUUGCAAUCUACUCAACAGAUGUGGAAACCGGCUCUUUCCGUUAUUUCAAAAAUCUGAAAAACUUAUCUUCAAUGCAUCCAGUCAACACUUCUGAUCUACAACUGUACAUGCAAGAAUUAAAGUCAGAAUUCUCAAUCAGGUUUCAAGAUUUUCAACACAUGGGCCCAGUGUUUUCAUUUUUAAUCAGACCGGACACCUUUAAAUACAGUGACUUGGACACGACUCUCUUUGAGUGGAUGGAAACUGAGGAAUUAGAAAUGCAGUUAAUCGACUUUCAGGCCUCAACAUUGUGGUCAGCUAAAUUCAAAGAUCUUCGAGAAAUACUGGAAAGCAGUAAGAAUGAUCAUGCAACAUCCAUCUUAAGGUCUUGGGCAUCACUACCUGAUAAAUUCAAUAGCAUGAAGAAAGUAGCUUUUGCACUGCUAUCAGCGUAUGGAUCCACAUAUCAAUGUGAGCAGAUAUUUUCAAAAAUGAAGCACAUCCUCAGCCCUCAUCGCAGCAGGCUUACAACGGAUCACUCUGAGGGUUGCGUGAAACUCAAGGUGUCGAAAUAUUCACCUGAAAUUUCAACUUUGGUCAAAGGGAAGCAAGGGCAAGGAUCACAUUAA